AUGAACCAACAACCAUCCUUAGGUCGCUCAACAGACAAAGAUGGCGGGUUGUUGAAACGUUCACUUACCUCUUUGUUCUCUCUUAUGGGUCUUCAACUUGGUUCUCGUCUAUUAACUUUUAUCCUGAAUCAAGCACUGUUUCGAUUAGCCUCCCCGCAGGCAUACGGGACUGCUGCAAUCCAAUUUGAGCUUAUUUUAAGCACAAUACUGUUUCUCAGCAGGGAAGGUAUCAGGAAUGCGCUGCUCAGAGCAUGGCCGCGGAAUACUACCAUCCAUACCCAAGGGUCAACUUCUAACGACAACCACGUACCCGCUUUGACAAAUCUAUCUGCAUUGCCGAUUAUCCUAGGACUUCCAGUGUCUCUAGCUACGGCAGUUUCAUAUUCUACUCUUGCUAGCAACGAUGUUCGUCGUCAGCCGCAUUUUCACGUGGCGUUAACGAUCUAUGUGUUCGCCGCGUUAAGCGAGCUCUUCAGCGAACCCAUGCAUAAUCGGGCCAUGGGUGAAGUUCGCACUGGAGUUAGAGUAAGAGCUGAAGGUCUCGGGAUAACGUGCAAGACUCUUGUCACUUAUCUUAUCCUCCUUUACGACUCGACUAGACCAGAAUCCGGGGAAUUCGCGCUCUUGGCUUUUGCGCUGGGCCAACUUGCAUACAGUAGUGUGGUCUUUUUCAGUUACGUGUAUCAAAUGGGGUGUCCUACCUUUUUGCCGACUCGUCUUGCUACACGACAGUCAUCUGAAGCCGCUGCUUUCAGAUCAACAUUCUAUCGCAUUGCUUCGCAAUACUUUGACAUUAGCAGUCUGCAUCUGUCUUUGACUAUGACUGGGCAAUCCAUUGUCAAACAUAUUUUGACAGAGGGAGACAAGAUUAUAUUGUCUUGGUGGAGCCCUUUGGAGGAUCAAGGAGGGUACGCAAUCGCCGUGAACUAUGGUUCUCUGGUUGCACGAAUAGUUUUUCAACCUUUGGAGGAAAUAUGUAGAGUUUACUUUUCAAGAAUCUUGUGCCCCCCAGCUGAGGCAAAAUCCACGUCAAUUGGUGCACAGUUUGAUAGACACUCACUAGGUCAAGCUUCGGAGAUCUUGCUGUCACUGGUCUCCAUUCAACUGGCUUGCUCCGUCCUUGUCAUUGUAUUUGCCACAGCCUAUCUUCCGAUCUUUCUGCACCUAUUGCUCCCGUCACAGUACCUACCAACAAGCGCCCCAAAAGUUCUUGCAGCUUGGAUAUGGUACAUUCCUGCCCUCGCCAUCAAUGGCGUACUUGAAGCUUUCUUCUCGAGCAUCGCAACUUCUCAAGAUCUUCGAAGACAAAGCAGAUGGCUCGUUGGUUUUUCCGUUGUAUUCAUCGGAUCUGCAAUUGGAUUUUACGCCUCGGGCUUCGGUGAUGUCUCUUUGGUAUACGCAAACAUAAUCAACCUGGCAGCCCGGAUAAUCUACGCCGCGCAAUACGCUUCGACCUUCUUUAGCAGAAAUAAAACUGCUCACAGAUGGAAAGCCUCAACGCCAACAUGGCAAUUCCUUCUAGUUGCCACGUUAUCUUACCUGGCGAUCUCCAUGACCAAAAUACACCAUCAAGCUGUCAUUCUACUCCAAACGGAAGGCCGCGGAGCAAUACUUUCCGCGAUCGUUGUGUCUCAUUUAGCACAGGGAGCUGGGAUGGGACUAUGUUGUGUUGUAACGUGGUGGCUAACGUCUGGCCGAUACCUGGUGAGACGGGCACCUGUGAGAACUGAUUGA